CCCUCGCGCUAGACCGACAGGGCUUUCUUCAUAAGUCUUGUAGACCCUUCAUUUUUUCCUCCUACCUUGCGAUUCGUGUCCAAACUAGCAGGACUCUGGGAUUACUGCCCACGAUGCCAACAGGACUAUAUGGCGACCUUGAGCUUGUAAAGUCCAUAGGUCACACCCCACUCAGCCCCGCCACUUUCUUCACUCCCACCGUUGUUGCGUAUAUAUCAGGCAACUCGAUCAAUUUCCUCGAUGUUGCUGAGAUCGAGGAGGCCGCGGCCACCGAUGCACCAGGCCAUCCAGCGUCCACAGCCGAGGGCGGCAGCACGCAUGUGGAGGUGGGCGGCAGUGGCGGAGCAACAGCCGGAGAGCAUGGCACUGAAAUUCACCCGCAAUCACCAGCCGCGAGCAGCGGGGCAACACCGUCGCAACAGCAGGAACUGAGGAGUGUAGUGGCGGGUUCGCAGAUCGUUGCGUUUGCAGUGCAGAAAAGGGAAAGCGUUGUUGCGUAUUCGGAGCGGGACUCGAUGGCUGUCAAGGUUGUCAAAUGGCCUAGUGGAGCGGUCUGGGGUGGCAGUGGGACUGCCAAGAUGGAAGCAUCGAAAGAUUUAUCCAUCCACGCCCUAGCCUUCUCUCCCGACACCCAAUACCUCGCAGCGCUAGGCACCCUCCCAACGCACACAAUCACGAUCUGGGACUGGCGCACGGCCACCUUGGUGUGCGAGGUACCCAACGGCGCCGCGGCAGAGUUCAUCUCGUUUGACCCGCUGGACUCGCGGCGGAUAUGUACGAGUGGAGGUGAGGGUGGGAUUAGGUUCUGGAGGUUGGAGAUUGGGUUUAAGAGGAGUGGAUUGGUUGCUGUGAAAGGCAAGCCUAUAUUCCAACCCGACCACGAAUCGCUAGCGAUGCCGUCACUCUUUCCGAAAGGCCCUCACCCGAACUCGCAUGCCUGGACGAUCGACGAACAAAUCGUAUGCACGACCUCCUCCGGGUGUGAACUGGUGCACUACGACCCGGUUACUGGUGACCACAGGGUUUACGCUUCGGCUGCUGCAGCCGACGGCGGGCCUGGUACGAGCGGUGAGGAUGGAGGGACGGAUGAACCGGGCUCUCGGGGCGAGGGUGGAGAUGAUGAGGACUCAGAGAAUAGGAGGAAGAGGAUGCUGCCGCAUGGUCAAAUAGAAUAUGUGGCUGUUGCCAAAGAUGGACUGUAUGUUGCUGGGAAGGACGGCGUGCUUCGGUUACACUCAUUCGCCACUGCGUCGGUGACAAAGACAAUUGAUGUGACUAAGGGUGAAAGUGUAGCAAGUUUGUCGUUUGCCCCAGACUACCGGAGAGCAUUGAUCGAGAGUGUCAGUGGAAAGCUCUUUGUUUACAACGUCGUAAAAGAGAACGUCAUAGAGAUCCUGCACACUCCAAACGUCUCGAACCUCACCGUACAUCACCCUUCCUCGACCCUCAUCACAGCGGCCACUCACCACCUCGACUUUCAAUCCCUCGACGCCGAUAUCCAGCGCACCAACACCUUCAAGAAACUGCUUCACCUUCAUCGCAUCUCGCUCCCACCCGCACACUCCUCGCACAUUACAUCAGUCGCGGCAUCACCUUUCGCGCAGCUCGCUGCGGCAGGAACAGCCGACGGAUGCGUGCGCGUGUAUGAUUUCCGCGCAACCAAUGUGCCGCCUAGGUUGGUUGUGCGCGAUCGUGUGUUCGCCAACGCAGUCGAUGUUAUUUCGUUCGAUCCCGCGGGACGCUACCUUGCGGCCACCUCCCACACCGAUAAGCGCAUCGCCCUCGUUGGCGUGUUAGAUACCUUUGGCUAUGCAGGGUUUACGACCUUGCCGGUCCCGCCGGCGGUCGACCCAACAUCUGCCAUGGGAGGAAGGGUUAAAAGUGCGGCCAUCCCGAUUACUACGACCAUUUCGCGGCCAACCACAAGCAAGAUUCCGGCAGGGGCGGAGACGGGUCAAACGGUGGAUCUAAAAAUACGAGCAUGCGCGUGGAAACUGGAGGAAGAAUUGGGAGUCGUACAUAUGUUUGUGCUGGCUAGCGGGGAAGGAAGGAGCUACAUCUACAGAGUGCCGGUGCCGCUGGAAAUCCCGCCCUCGGCGCCUGAAGGCGAUGGUGCUCAGCAAAUGGAGAGAGAAAUCCCCUUAGCUCCCGAACUCCCCAUUGUGAUAUACCGAAUUGACGACACUGUGGACGGUAUGACCAUCGUGCCAAGUCACCUCUCUGCCGGAAGGGAUACCUUUUACGUGACUUCGAACGACGGCAGGCUGAAAACAUACGAGGGUCCGCAGAGGGCGGGUGCACCGGCGGCGCCAGUUUCCUCGGCCAAGAAAGCUGAACCCGCGGAGGAAGGCGGUGAAGGGGAGCGAGCGGCACCCAAGAAGGAGCCCGUGCGAACGGUGGAACUCAUCGUGCUGUCAAGUCCGGGGAUCAAGAGCAGAGAUCACGAGAAGUCCGUCACUCAACUUUUGCUCCACCCGGCAACCUCGUGGGUCACCACCACGUCCCUCGACGGACGCAUCACUGUCCGCACCCUCAUGGAGCCCGACAAAAGCUACUGCCUCUACGUCCACGACCCUUUCCUUGGCGGUGUACGCGGCCUCGCCGCAACGCUGAACUGCAGGGCCAUCAUCACCGCCGGUGCUGAUGGAAUAUUGCGAUUGUGGGAAUGGAAGUACAAUGCUGCCGGACGGCGAUCGGCGACGGAAGUUGGGGGUGUGGUGGAAAGGAUGGCGGAGGCUGGCGAGGAUGUGGUGGCGCUUGUAAAUGACCGCUUGGGUCUCGUCAAGAAGCUCUCAGACCUCCCCGAAGCAGCGCUUCCGCCACCUAUCCUUCCUAUUGAAGGUGAACUUAGUCUGUCAUCGGCAUCCGCCGCAGCCCCCGCCGCCACGGGAGUACCAAGUGGGGAUGGUGCUACCCCUCAACAAACAUCCGUCAUCCAGACCCGCCUCAACGCUCUCCGCGAACGCCUCCUCCGGGCCAUCGUGAAGAACGAGUCGUUGCCUCCCUUGGAACGAUUAGACAAAGAGGAGUUCAUUCUGGACUACGAGAUGAGGGAAAAGCUGCAGCGGGAGUCUGGGGAGGUUGUAGAGGGCGUAAGGCAGAGUAUUGAAGAGGAGUGGCUGAGAAGAAGGGUCGUCGGCAAUCGUAUCAAGCGUGAUUGCUGGGAUAGCAUGGCGACGGUCGGACAGACGAUCAAAUCAUUCCACCCGGAUCCUCUCACUAACACAUUAACGACGGUGACAAACUACCCGAUAAGAAAAAUGUCGGCCGAAGAGACAGAGCGUGUGGACCGGGUGGUCAUGCUGCGAAGGAGUCAAAUCCUGGUCAAUGCAGCCACCGUGAAGGCUCCGCCGAAAAAGCCUAUCCGCGACACCGACGGCGACGAGGAUGCAUCGGAAGACGAAGAUGCCUCCAAUACCCGUGCCAGCAAAGCCGGUGCGGCGACGAACCAGCCCACAGCCCCAAAAGAUGGCGUCAAUCCCGCCGUGGAACCGUUCUCGUUGCUGUACUCUCCCUUCGAACUGACAACGUCCGAACGCCGCCGCAUACAGGCGGUCAUCUUAUCGCACGCUAUCCACGUGUUGAAAACCCAAUUCAAUGCAAAGUUCGACGAGACAUUGAGAUUAAAAAGGGACGAGAUGGGCCGGAUUGAGGAGCGCGGGGAUCGGGCCAAGGGCAUCAUGGAAGAGCUUGGAUGGACAAACGCCGGUGCGGCUGGCGAGAUCUUCCGGCCGGUUCUACAUGACGACGAGGUCCCCGAACGCGUGGUGGAAGUGCGGGACGAGGAAGUCACGGCUGAGAAGUUCAUCACGGCCGAGGAGCAAGUCAAGCUGGCGGAGAAGCAGCGAUUGGAAGCCGAGCGCGCCAAAGCGGCAGCAAAGGACAAUUGGCGCGAUCGCGCACUAAAUCAGAUGAUGAACAACACGUUGGCUGACCGGGCGUCCGAAGAGGAGAGCGGGAAGAUGCUUGUACAGAAACCGGAUUUCAUGGUCAACAAACCUCCCGCGGAUUGGACAGAUGAGGAGCGCAAGCACGCGAAAGAGUACGAAAAGAAGCUGAGCGUGCAAAAGGAGGAGCAGGAGAAAACGCGGAAAGCGCUCGAGACUGAGUUGAAGAAGCUCCUGGCUGGGAUCCAGGAGCUCUGUGAUGGUUUCGACACGAAUGUGAUCCGAAAUGGGCUGUUUGUGCAAAAACUUGCGACCGACACCCGCAUCCUGACGUACGAAAUGACGCUACUGAAGCUGCACGCAUUCAUAUUGUAUGCCGAAGAAGAUGAAGGCAAGGAGGCGGCAAUCAACGAGGCUUUGGAGCAAUGUAAAGAGGAAAGAUCUAUGGUUGCAGCUGAGAUCCCCGAGCUGAAGAAACAGCUUGAGCGUGUGCGCGACGAUUAUGAUGCGGCAGUCAAGCGGGAUAAAGAGGUUGAGAAGACGUUCAAGAGAGAAUUCGGAGCACAAGGGCUGGAAAGCUGGUGGGAACCAUGUUGGCGAUUGUUCAAGCGGAAAGGCGCCGGAGAGGAGGAUCCGGAAGAAGACGGCAAGGCUGGGGAGGAAUUGAACCCAUAUACGUAUUUUGCCCAUGUUUCGGCUCCUACACAGGCUGCUGGGUCUCAGGUACACCGACCGAGUCCGGGGCAACAACCGGCAGCAGGAGGGCAAGGCCAGCACCAUUCGAGGCCAGGGACGCCCUCGGUAGCCGGCGCUCUCUCAGUAGCCGUCCCAAUUCAACCCAGUGCGAUAGGUGGCGGGCUUCCUGGUCAACCACCGGCUCUCCCACCUGCUUUGCAACCGCUCAACGCAUCAUCGGAAGUCCCGGAUGGGCUUCCCCCAGACAUGCUCCAGAACCUGUGGGAGCAUAUUCAACGGAAACACAUCAGCCAAACCGAGGUGUACAAUACGUACAACAGCCUGCAACAUCUGCAAAUAACGAUCAACCAGAUCCUCGCACACAGCGCUGCGUUGGCAUCACGCACAGCGACCUUACAUACCCAAAUCGCGGAGUUCCAACUGUACAAGUUUAACCAGACGUACGAUUUUGAGGUUUGUCUGGAAGGGCUCAAGCAGGGCCAGGUAGAAGUGCCGCAGGCACCGGUCGUGACAGAUUACAGCGGCGCGGUGCUUAUCGGGAGGGAUGCCGUUGAGCGCUUGAAUGAUGUUAUUUGUGGGUUGGGCAAGGCGAAAGUGGACGCAUUGAACGAGAUGAAGGAGUACAGGAAAGGGAUUCAUGCAUUAGAGUGGGAAAACCAAACACUCGACUUUGCAUCGGAGACCCUGCUGUAUAAAACUCGCGACAUUCAGCUUCUUCGAGUCACAAAACACAUGCAGGAGUAUAUCCGAGGCGGCGACGAGCGCAAACAGGCUGCCGAGAUUGCCGCGCUAGAGAAGCGUGGUGACUAUAGCAUCAAGGCACAUCAGCACAACCUUGAGGAGAAACGCAAAGCCAUUGAGAAAUUCCGGCAAAAAGUAGCAGAGAAGCUGAAGGAAAAUGAGCGGCUGGAUCGGAAACUCGAGGAGCUCUCUAGGGAUGUUGGUGAUAGGAAAAAGAUCCUGAGGAGAGGCGCGUGGGUUGAGGAAACGGUGCCCAUCGGAGAUGCCCUGGGCGAAGUGGUGAGCGUUGGAGCGGCACAGGCGGUGGAGCCUCCGCUACCGCGAGAUGCUCAUCGAAGGUCGCCAUCACCGCGGGAAGCGGCUAUGGCGAAGGCGGCCCCAACGACCACCAGUCAUGAUCCUCUCCCAGCGAUAUACGCUCGGCGAAGACUGAUUGAUAUGGCGAGAUCGCAAGCGCAGGAUAUCGGCAUUCUACGAGAGGAAGUAGAACGCUUGAGGCUUCGAACGUACCCGGCAUUCCCAGCAAGGCGACCGGAGUUUUGAUAGGGAGGGACGAAAGUUCAAUAUGCA